AUGGUCGGCCAGGCGUGCGUCCGAGGUACCCCUUCAAAUAAGUUGACAGGUGCUGCAGCAGAAGCUGCAGCUAAGGUCAAUAAGCUUCUUCUACACGAAUUCACUGUGAGAGUCAACAAUAACCCUUCUACAGAUUUAGAGGAGUUGAUACAGUUCAAGCUCAAAACCUAUCUCCCUCUACGUCAACUUUUUGUAGACUCGGCUGUGGAGGCUGAAUCAAUGAAGAACACUGAAUCCCCGUCUGGUCCUCCACUGGCUGUAAGAGAGGAAUUUUUGAUCCCUUCGGAUGUUGUUGUCAUACAUCCAUUGAGUAUGGAUGUUACUCGCGCAGCCCACACGAUCAGAGGUAUCAAUGAUCUAAUCUUACACAGUGACAUACUAUGGCAUUUUGGAUCGACCGCAGUACUAGGCAUUGCCCCAAACCUGGCUAUGAAACUCGGGAACUACAUCGAUGUGGAUCACCUAGCAAUGGUGGAAGACAUAAAACGCCAAAAUUUGCGAGUUCCUAUACCGGAUACUCACGGUGUGUUGCAGCAAACCGGCACUACUCGGAACUUCGUCUUCAUGUCCCGCGUGCCGGGACAACCGCUGGGUUCAAUUUGGAAGACGUUGAGCCCCUACCAGAAAGCGUCGGUCCGAGAGCAGCUAGAUGCCAUCUUCAGUGACCUAAGGUCGCUCCCUUUUACACCAUCCGAUGAACCUGGUGCAGUGUACGGUGGAGGCACUCCUCGCCGGUAUACACCGAUCAGCAAUGAGACAGAGUUCAAUCAUUUCCUGUCAUUUAAUCCUCGGCGUACUGAAACGAGCCAUAUUGUGAUGAUUCGAUCAUAUAUGACAACUGGACACAGACUGUGUCUAUAUAUAUCCGAAGCCUUCACCGGUACAGACGACGUGCUAUCGGAGCGAGUAACAAUUACAGGUAUAAUAGAUUGGGAAAUGUGUGGUUGGUAUCCAGAAUACUGGGAGUACCUGAAAGCAUUGAACACAAUCUUUCCAGGAUGCGAUUGUGAGGAUUGGUGGGAGUACUUGCCAACAACGAUCGGGGUUUGGCCUAAGGAGCAUGCAGUCGACCUGAUGUUAGAUAAAUGGUGUCGAUGA